AUGGAGGGUAUAGGAAGACAGGAUGAAUUAAACCCCUCAUCUGAAGAAGAUUUGCUUAGUGCAAGAUAUCACUUAUUUGGCAUGAGGCAAAAAGUAAUCCUUGAUACUGGUGCAGAAAUUAAUGUCAUUGCAAGUCAUAUAGUACAGCUCAAUGGAUGGAAAGAUCAGAUUAAGAAGAAUACAGAAAAAUUUGUAGGAAUAGGAGGCAAACCUACAGAUGUGGAUGGAGAAAUAACAUUAUCAGUACAACUUACAAACAGAACAGUGCACAAAAUGUUUGUAGUAAUACCAGUGAGACACAUAGUAGCCAUAUUAGAUACCAGUCUUAUGCUGAGACAUGGAGUAAAAAUUUCUUAUAAGAAAAAACAGCCCUCAAGUCUGGUGGAGACCUAA